AUGCUUAUAGGUGCUAUCCGAAUAUGGGGACUGAAUACUCGCCUUCGACUUAGUAUUUUGCUUUUAUUUAUAUUUGGAUUAUUAACAUAUCAUCUUGUAAGCAUUUCUAAUACUGAGUAUUCAGAUGCUUUUGAUUACCAAAAUAUUUGGGAAUAUUCAAAUCAAUGGUUUGGAGAUAUAUUAUUCGGUGCAUCGCAAAAUCUAGGCUCACAAGUGCUCUUGAAUAACGUUACUCGACUUCCUAAAAUACAAUACAAAUUUUCCGAAAGCGAAACACCCGAUGAAAGAUUAUUAAGAGAAUUCCGUCGUGACUCCAUAAAGAAUGGAUUUCUUCACGCCUGGAAAGGAUAUACUAGGUAUGCGUGGGGUUAUGAUGAAUUGUUACCGGUAUCAAAUAAAGGCAGGAAUAAUUUUAACGGUUGGGGAGCGACAAUUGUUGACGCAUUGGACACAAUGUGGAUCAUGGGUUUAAAAGAAGAGUUUAGUCGAUCCAGAGAUUUUGUUCAGUCGGUGAACUUUACACAAACUAAUAAUACCAUAAGCGUGUUUGAGACUACAAUUCGUUAUCUGGGAGGAUUAUUAAGUGCAUAUGAAUUAUCAAAAGAUGAUAUAUUUUUAGAGAAAGCACUGGAAUUGGGAAAUGCAUUAUUGCCUUCUUUUGAUAGUCCUACCGGAUUACCAUAUAACGAUUGGAAACUUACAAGGGGCGAGGCUGUUAGUCAUCAUACAGCAUUACUGGCCCAAGUCGGAACCUUACAAUUGGAAUUUAUGAAAUUGUCACAACUAACGGAUGAUAGCAAAUUUUUCUUCAAGGUCCAAAACAUAAUAGAUGUUCUUGAUAACGCAACAAAAGAGGUUUCUGGAUUAUAUCCCAUAAUAAUUGGUCAUGACACUGGCCAAUUCAUAAAUGAUUACAUAUCGUUUGGGGCUAAUGGUGACAGUUUUUAUGAGUAUUUACUUAAAGAAUAUAUAUUUGUUGGAGGUGCAAUUGAUCAGUACCGGAGGAUGUACGUCGAAUCCAUCGAUAGUAUGCACAAAUACCUUAUUAAAGAUGGUAUCAUUAAAGAUCGUCCAGACUUGCUGUUCCUUGGUGAUUUCUCUUUGGACAAUUUUAUAGGUGUAAUGGAUCACUUGGCAUGCUUUGUGCCUGGAAUGCUUGCCAUGGGAUCGAAAGUUUUAGAUCGACCUAAUGACCUUGAAACCGCUAUAAGAUUAGCAGAAACAUGUUACUGGUCUUAUAAUAUGACAUAUACUGGGAUUGGUCCAGAAAAGAUCUGGUAUACUACAUCUAAUGUAUCAUCAAUUAGUAGAUGGUCCCAAAUUCAAAGUGGUAAACUCCCAACAGAAUUGGUUAAAAUAGAUGCCAACUAUUUAUUAAGGCCAGAAACUGUCGAAAGCUUAUUCAUUUUAUAUAGAAUAACAGGUGAUAAAAAAUAUCAAGAUAAGGCGUGGGAAAUAUGGCAGGCUAUUGAAAAAUGGUGUAAAACACCUGUGGCCUAUUCAGGUCUAUAUAAUGUGAACAAUGAUGAAGUAACGUUGAAUAACAAUAUGGAAAGUCCACCACACGUAAUAUCUUUAGAUACUUACGUGUUUAAUACUGAAGCACACCCUUUACUUAGAAUGAGAAGGUCUUAA